UCUGUAUAUGGCGUAAAACCUUGAUGCCUGAUAGUGCAAGCAAAGCAAAGGAAGCACUCCACCGUUUUUUUUUUUUUUUUAAUUUCCCUCACUAAAACACACUGUAUUCCUCUUUGUCAGUAAAAAUCUGCUUUUCUCUCUCUUCUCUCUUCUUUUUGCCCCUCAACACUACUAUAAGCUCGUUGUUUAGUGCUCGCUUCACUAGCAAAACCCACCUUUCAAACUCUCUCCCGUCCUUCUUUCUUUCUCCCUUCUCCUCCACCACCCAUUUGUUAUACUCUUUUUUCCUGUCCAUAUUCUCUUCUUCUUAGCAAAAACCUUCUUGUUUCCUCUACAACCACUGUGGAAAGUGUUUAAGCUCAGUGUCAUCAAAUUAGACAAGUUCAUUCUUGAUGGUAUCUUGUCUUCAUCUUCGUUAAGCCAUUUCUAUUUCUAUAGCUAGAAAAGAAAUAAACGGGGUUUCCAACUAGCUGCCAUGCUCAAUCAUUUCCUUGUAUUUUAGGGAGUGUUUGAGUGUUGGCUCUCCCUCCCUCCCUCCCUCUCUCUCUCUCUCCCCCACACUUACUUUCAUGAAUAGGGAAGGAUAUGUGUGGAGAGAGAAAGAGGUUAUUUUGAUCAUAUUGGUUUUGCCAGUUCCUAAGUCUCCACUGUUACUGAAUUAUUCUGCUUCUUUCCUUUUCUUCUAAGUUGACUAUAGAAGUGAGAGUGAGAUGCGUAUUCAUGAAGGUCUAGCUAGGUGGUUAAUGAAACGUCUGUUUCUUUGAGCUUUUUUUUUUUUUUUUCAAAAGAUUGGCAACUGUAGUCUUACAUCCUCAUAUAACAAACCCCCACCCCAUCAAAGCAACUGCUUCUCAAUUGCCUCAAGAAAAGUCCAAAGCUGCUGUGAAUCCUAAGAUUAGGUCUCUUUUUCUUAUAUACAACUGAUCUUUUAGUUGUUGAGGGGGGUCAAUUUGCAAGAAAGAGGAGUUUCUUAGUGUCAAGAAUUAAUAGGUUCUAUACUUUCCUAGUUAGUUUUUGUUGCUUCUAGAAAAAUAGACGAUGCCACUUACUAAAAAACGCCUAGGAUUUUAAGAAAACAGCCCGCUUCUGUUUCUUUUUCUUUUUUUAAUUCUAAGCAUUUUGCCUCUCAAUUCUGCUUCCUGUCUGGUUCUUUCUCUUUUGGUCUCCAACCAAACAAACAAGGCACAAGUAAAAUAAUUGCCCAAAAACGGGAGAGGAAAGAAAUGGAACUUUCAGGUCGUGAGGGGGAGAUCCCCAUUCCAUUAAAUGCAUUUGGCGGAGGUCAUGGGCACUUGAUCCAAUACGAUCAUGCUGCAACCCACAACCCCAUCAUCUCUUCCACGGCACCCCAAAUCCCCUUCAAUAAUGGCCCUUCCAUAACCACAGCAAGUAUGGAUGAUAAUCAUGUGCCUUACAAGAAGAUGGUUAGGUACAGAGAAUGCCUCAAGAACCAUGCAGCUGCCAUGGGAGGCAAUGCCACUGAUGGGUGUGGUGAGUUCAUGCCUAAUGGUGAAGAGGGUAGCAUAGAAGCUCUCACUUGCUCAGCCUGCACUUGUCACAGAAACUUCCACAGAAAAGAAAUUGAAGGUGAACACACCUCAUGUGGAGAUUGCUACCAUAAUAACCCACAUUUCAACAGGGUUGGAAGGAAAGUUAUUUUAGGCCACCACAAGAGCAUUUUAGCUCCUGAGGCUUUAGGGUACCCUACAGCCACUGGUACUGUAGUACCCUCAAGAGCAGCAGCACCCCACCAUCAAAUGAUAAUGUCUUACAACAUGGGGUCGCUUCCUUCAGAAUCUGACGAGCAAGAAGAUGGGGGUGGAGUGGUGAUGGCCCGGCCUGCACAGUUGAUGAAGAAAAGGUAUAGAACAAAGUUCACACAGGAACAGAAGGAGAAAAUGCUCAACUUUGCAGAGAAAGUUGGGUGGAAGCUACAAAAGCAAGAAGAAACUGUAGUGCAACAGUUCUGCCAGGAGAUAGGAAUCAAGAGAAGAGUCCUCAAGGUUUGGAUGCACAACAACAAGCUCAAUCUUGCCAAAAAGAACCCCUCCACCACUACUACUUAAAAAAAUUAAAAUAAAGAAGAUUAACCCUAAACAUUGCCAUCUCUCUUUUAAUUAGCUAGAUUUGGUUUAACCCUACUUGUUACUUAAGAGCAGUUACUCUGCUACCUUUUUACACUACCUUCUUUCUUCUUUUCUUUUUUUUUUGGACCUGUUUCCCGAGUUCUCUUAAUAUUUACUACUAAGUAAUAAUUAGAUUAGUUGUGUGAUGUUAAGUAGUUAAUUUAGGAAAAUUGGGGUUUAGUGGAGUUACUGUUUGAGUGUUUUU